AGAUUUGUGCGCAUUGAAUAGCACGACAGCUACUGAAACGAAGGCUUACGAGAAGCACAGGUUUGUCGUACAUCCUUACGCACACACCCAAGAUUGUCGUAUUGCGACCUACAAAGGAAACCUUCUCUUUUCGUUAUAGCCUGCGAGUGGGCGGCAAGCUGUGUGACCCUGAACCGCCCCAAAAAAGCCGUAGCUGAAGUCGAAAGGUCCAAACUCACUUAUCAGCACACUUCACAGCCUUUCUUUGUUUUCUUUUUACAUGGCGGACACACGCCCCGAUGCAGCUUCCGCGCCGUUGUCGCCGGCGCAGACCGCCUCAGCAGGCGCCACCGCUUCUGCCGCUGCUUUAGACCGCAAGACAGUGCAGGCGCUCUACGCCGCCCUGCGCACGUCGAUCCCCGCCGACGUGCAGAAGUCGCUUCUCCGCGACUCGCUUGAAGAGCUAAAGUUCCUCCUUGCGCGACAACCGCGGCUGAGCAGUUUCCAUCACCGCCGUCGUGAGUCACUGCGUCACCCCGCGUUGGCGAUGGCGACCAAAAACUACUACCAGCUGUGCCGCCGCAAACGUCUCGAGUACGCCGUCCAGUUCGUCACCGCGGAACAGCAGAACCAAACGCAUUAUCAGUACUUCAAACGAGCCGAUGCGCAGGAGGGCCAGACAGACAACGCUGAUAUGGUGGCGGCGCAGCGGGAGUCGGAGAUGGUGGAUAUCCUCCUUGCCGAGUAUGCGCAGGCCGGCGACUUUCAAGAGGAGUACGGUCGGCGCAAUCAGAACGCCGUUGCCGUUAACAUCGGCGACUCGCUUCCCUUUAGCACCGGCCUAUCCUUUGGAAGCCGCGGAGUCGGCGGUAACAAUGCCCAGUUGCUGGGGAGCAUCAGUGCAAUGGAGGUGAAGAGUGAGACGAGUUUAACGAGCGAGUCACGCGUCGGCGACAGCACCUUCUUCACCGACGUCGGAAACGCAAGUUUGAAAGGCACGAGCGGGGUAUGGCGCAGUGGUCAGUCCAUCAUGCACCACCGCGGCGCCAGCGCAGGUAAUCACGCACCCUUAGCAGACGGAACAGGCCUCUUCUCCCCCGGACGCUCCGGACACAGUUUUUCGGCUGGAAACACCGUCUACAGCGAGAGCAUCAGUGGCGGCGGUUACCCACGCGGCGGAAGGAACGCCCGCGGCCCGCCUGGCGGCGCGAGUCGCUUCUUCUCCAAACGCCACGACCGUGCCGAAGGUGGUCCUAGCAGUACACGUUGCGGCAGCGGCAGAGGCGACGGCGGUGCACGCUGGAGCGCGGAGAUGCUCAGCAUGGUGGUUCGUCGGGCCGAGGAGGAGCUACAGGCUGGCUCCGGCGGAGAUCCGUACCUCUUGACCUCAUCCCGCCCUAUCGAGAUUCUGCUCACGUGCUACGCCGGGGUGCGGCGCGACCCCGCCGUGAUGGCGCUCGGCGCUGCGUCGUUUCUGGUGGGCGGUGACAACUUCUCCACCUCGACCACCACCGCCUCCCCCGCCGACGCCGACCCCGUCUUCAACGCAGUGGUGGAGGAGGAUGUGCGGUGGGAUCAGCUGGCCCAGUGCUACCGACAGCUCUUGCGGGAGGCCAACUCCGUCCGCCAGGCUGCCGCGUCGGUCGUCGCGCACGACACCUUCGUCAACGACAUCCUUCGCCGCUUCUGGGAGCGACUCACGGUGUCGCCGGCCGCGCGGCUGGCACACAAGGCGCAGGAGGCGGCUAGCCGGAAGCGCGACGCCACCGAUGCAGCGGCCUCCUCGAAAGGGAGCCCAUCUCGAAUUGUCGCGGAUGAAGCGGAGGAGGACGACUUGGAUGAGAUCCAGACGACGAUAGGCGACGAAGCAGAGGCGUUCGCUGGAAACGGCGGUGGCGGCGGUGGCGCGGGCGGCGCAAAGCCCACGACGCGCAAGUCGCCACGCUCAAGGAAAGGUGGAUCGGCGGCCUUGUCGAGGACAAAUUUGAAGGGGAAAGGUAAAGGAAAGAAGAGGAAGUCAUCGUUAGGGGGUUUCUCUGCGAAAGCCGCUGAGCCUGCCUCCACCGUUGCCUACUACAUGACUCCUCUCCAGUACGUCUACCUGCACACCCGCAUGGCGCACGUGCUUCUGCCGGACUCCAACGCAUUGGAUAUGGAGCUGCUCUACUUUAUUCAGGAAGACCUGCUCGUCGACGCCGCGUAUAACGAGAGCGACGCGUUUCAGACGCUUUACUUUGGCGAAGCACCGCACCUUGUGGGAUCGAAUGGCCUGGUGCGGUCGCGUGGGUCGGAGAGGCGACUCGGCGGCAAAGGUCGUUUUGCGCCGUGGCAGGAGGACGACAACGCCGCCAACGACGAUGAUGGGGAGAAAGCGUUGACGCUGCGGCAGCGUUUCUUGGCGGUGCGUCGGCACGGCUACGAACUCGGUGAGGACGGUGGGGUGAGCAGUCGUCUGGGCGACAACAUCAGUGUGAUGGUGCGCCGUGCCACCACCACCAGUGCUGGAGGUAUCACCAACGAUGAGGUCUCCUCCAUCCAGGCUGGAGGUAAACAUGCAGGCAGCACCGUCAGCGGUGCGGGCGGUGGUGAUAAGAGCAAAGAAACGCCCGUGAACGCCUUGUCGCUUGUCAACAUGUGCUUCAGCAUUGCAGAGCUGCCGUCGCUGACGUAUCAGCAGUUCUGGUGCUCGAUGAUGGAGCUGGCGGACAACUGGACCUGCUGCGCCGGCCACCCUGUUGAGACCGCCAUCUUUCUCUGGGAGCUCUACGCCGAGGUGUUUGGUCUCGAUUGGGGGCCCGAGGACGAGGCGUUCAUGACGGAGCUGGAGGAGAAGGCAGCCCAGGCGAGUAAACUGGAGCGCUCCAGGAUGGAAGAGGAGGUCACAGACGCGCUGCGGUCGUUUGAAGACCUCGUCCAGGCGCUGCGGGAACGCGACCGUGAGAGUGAGACGUCGUCGUCGGACGACUCGGUGGGAGGGCUGAGCAACGAAACGGCGUAUUUGCGCAGCGAGCGCGCCAAGCGGCGCCGUCGUCGCCGCCGCAAGUCGAGGAAAAACGCCGCGAACUCGUCCCUCGUGGAGGGGGAGGAGAGUUCUUUAAGCGGCUGGUCGGCGUCCGACAUGGACCUUUCCCUGACGGCGUGGAACGCGGUGGCGGGUGACGGGCAUCAGGCGGCCAAAGGGUGGGUGUACUUUGAGCAGGUUGGUGAGGACGGGGUAAAGCGACGCUACCGCCGUCGGGUCGUGCACUGCCAGACGCGGCGUCAUAAGGCUGCUGCCCAUCCAAAAACAUCCUCGCUGUCGUCCUCGCUAGAGAACACCGAUGAGUUGUCGUUUAUUCUUGAAGAGGAUCUGCGCGAGGACGGCACGGUGGUCAAGCGGCGGAAGCGGCGCUGCAAGGAAGUGGUGGACACCGUUAUGGCGCAAGGUAAGCGUCGUCGUCGCCUCAAGCCACACGGAAAGCGCUCCGCAGGCAAAAUAACCUCCACCGCCUUGUACGAGCACCGGCGCAAGUACGAUGAGGACAACGCAAAGCAGCUGCGACGACUCGAGGACCGCCGGCGCGUGGAGACAGGGAGCUCGCGCGGUUCCAGCUUAACCUCGUGGAGCUCGAUCGACGACGGAAACACCGACGAUCGCCGCAACGGGCAGCGGCGUCGACGCCGUGUUCGCCGCACCGGACCACGACGUGAUCGGCUGCGAAGUCACUCGCGGACCGACGACGAUGCAAGUGUGCAGUCUACUUCUGAUGACGAGAAGGACGGAAAGCCGGAGCGGGGAAAAUCAGCGCGACGGUCGCGUCUCACCUCCGCAGAGCUGCAGGAUUUGCAGGAGAACAAAGAGUGGCUGUGCACGGUGCUAGGGGCGAAGGGCAUUUGUUUGCCCCCGCCAAUGUUCGACAUUCCCGCGGAGCAGGUGCUGCUCUACGAGUUGCUGCGUCUGACGAGGGAGAAUGAGGCGAAGGGCGGUGGCGGGACGGGCGGUGGCGGGACGGGCGGUGGCGGGACGGGCGGUGGCGGGACGGGCGGCGGCCCAAGCGGGGAGGGCCUCUUCAACGUCGGAGAAGGCGAGGGCUCGGGUGGGACGGACCUCUCUCGCCUCGCCGCCCUUCUCGCGCAGUCUACCGCCUUCAACCUCGCCGGUCUCGAUGACUCCGCCCUCAUGCGACGGCUGCUGGGAGAGGACGGGGACGAGUCAGGUCAAGCUCUGUCGCCGCACCAACUUCAGAUCAUUCUCCUGGCCCUCGCGCAGGGGCAACGGCGAGCGGGCGGCGCUGCCACGAUCGAGACGGAAGGGAUGCGGCGCCGUCGGCUGUAUCUGCUCCGCAUGCUGGAGGAGCAGCAAGAACGCGAGCGGCAGUCGAAGGAGGACGCCGGCGGCGCGGCGCUGCUGCCGGCCGGGGCGGCGGCUGAGGCGGCUGACAGUGCGCCUCGCCCCGCCAAACCCUCCCCGGCUCCCCCCACUGCCCCACCCCCUUAUUCGGCCCCUGGCAGGUAUCUGCGGCCUUCCGCACAGGAUGGCAGCGCGUAUCUGGCGAGCAUGGGCCGAGAGAUGCAGCUCGCGACAAGGAUUCCCCUUCCGCCCCCACCAAGAGCCAAACUCUCAGGCCCACGAAGCAGCACGGAGGAUGGGGAGUGGGUUUUAUCGCCCGCCACGGCGGCAGAACGGAGAGAGCUGGAGCGGCUUUUUCGCGAGCUUGAAGCGUAUUGGGCCGAUCGUGUCUCGCAGAGGGGUCGCUACCGCGUACACAUCGUGGAGUACACCAAGGAGCAGCUGGAAGAGUUCUUUGCGCAUCUGCAUCUCGGGUCACGGCAGCGCGCGCUGCUGCGUGGACGAGCCCCGUUAGCUGCUGCAACAUCGCUGGUGGGUGGGACACUGCACCAGGACACGCCGCGCACUGGCCCGCUGGAAACUAGCGCGAGUCGCAGGGAGAGCGGAGUCAGCGCUACUGUUCCUGCUGCUGCUGCUGCCGUCUCGCCGUUCACCGCAGCUCCAGUGAAGCUGUUUACUCUGACCACAGAGGCAUCUCUUGAUGGGGCGCUGCGGGAGAGCUACCAGAGCUACUUCAGCGACAAGGUGUUUAGCAAGUCCUGCAAGAACGCAAUCUACAAGGUCGAGCAGCCCGCGCCCGCUGCUUCUCCUCCUGCUUCAGCAGUGCCAGCUUCCGGGCGACGUCAACCGCAGCCGAACCUCCCUCCCCUCUCGCAGUCGGGGCGUGAGCACGGAAGGAGCUCGCCCCCCUCGAGGGCUUAUCAGGGCACGGCCCGUCAGUCCUCAGCACCUGCGGCGGCACCACCGUCGCCACAAUUGCCGGCAAAAAGUCUACCGACGUUGGCAGGCACAUCGACGGCCAGACUCAAUCAAUCCUCCUCCUCAUCCAACUCCACCAACGUCCUUCCCAAGGUUUAA